UCAUUGCGAAAAGAAUAGCUCCCAAUUAUUUGGAUCCAGACGAGAUCUUGUAGUGACCGGUGACAAUUUUUAACGCUAAUCUUUAGCGUUACGUGUUUGCGUUUCCCGUAUUUAAUGGACUUUUAUUUGGAUAACCCAUAGUUUACUAAACACUGGUUUUUAAUUUAAACUUGUCUGCAGGUUGCCUGUGUAAAUCAGGAUGUCUUACCCUCCUCCGCUUAACCGCCAGCAGAUUGGCAUCCCGCAGUUACCUCCCAGGAUCCCGCCGCCUCAGUUUGGUGCAUUUGGCCCGACUGUUCCGCCAGGUACUCCCAUGAUCCCGGUUCAUAUGGGCGUAGUGACCCCAACACCCACAAUGUUACAGGUACUUGUCCCGACCUCAAUUGCUGUAGCACAGAAGCCGAUGCUUUCAAAGAAGGAGCCUGGCACCAUCAGAGCCAAGGACACAGAUGACAGCGGUGGCCCCACCACCACCGUAUUUGUAGGAAACAUCUCUGAAAAGGCAUCUGACAUGUUAGUCAGGCAGCUUCUAGCGAAAUGUGGUAUUGUUCUAAGCUGGAAAAGGGUCCAAGGUGCCUCUGGGAAACUUCAAGCUUUUGGGUUCUGUGAAUAUAAGGAGCCUGAAUCCACACUGCGAGCCCUCAGACUUCUGCACGAGCUGCUCCUAGGAGAUAAGAAGCUGUUGGUCAAGGUAGAUGCCAAGACCAAGGCCCAGCUAGAUGAGUGGAAGGCCAAGAAGAGAAGUGCCAAUGGGGGAGCCAGUAGUGGGGCAAAUAAUGGAGAGGAAGAUGAGGAGGAGGUUCUUCAUGAAGAAACCCUGCGUCGGGACCAGGUUGUGAAGGGGGCAAUAGAAGUCCUGAUCCGAGAGUAUGCCAGUGAGCUCAACGCUCCCUCGCAGGACGGCGACAGUCAGCCUCGCAACAAGAAGCGGAAAGAGAAGAAAGAGGAGGAGGAUAUCAAUGCCAUGGAGAUGGAGGAUGACAAGAGAGACUUGAUUUCCAGAGAGAUCAGUAAAUUUCGCGACACACACAAGAAGCUGGAGGAGGAAAAAGGAAAGAAGGAAAAGGAGCGGCUGGAGAUCGAGAGGGAAAGGAGAGAGAGGGACAAAGAGCGGGAGCGCGAGAGGGAGCGACGCGACCGCGAGAAGGAGAAGGAAAGGGAGAGAGAGAGGGACAAGGAGCGGGAAAGAGACCGAGACCGCGAUCGUGACCGCGAGAGGGAUCGCGAGCGGGAGAGGACGAAAGAAAGGGAGCGUGAGAGGAGUCGAGAUGUCAGUGAGGAUCGCAGCCGAUCGAGAGAGAGGACUAGAGAAGAUAAAAAACGAGACCGCGAGGAAGAUGAGGAGGACGUGUACGAACGGAGGAGACUUGAGAGGAGGCUCAGAGACAAGGAGGCGGCCUACCAAGAACGGCUGAAAAACUGGGAGAUCCGGGAGAGGAAGAAGUCUCGUGACUACAGCAAAGAAACGGAGAGGGAGGAUGAGAGGCGUCGUGAAAUGAUGAAAGAAGCCAAAAGACUUAAAGAAUUCCUUGAAGAUUACGACGACGACAGAGACGACCCGAAAUACUACAGGGGUAGCGCCUUGCAGAAGCGACUUCGUGACCGGGAAAAGGAGACCGAAUUGGACGAGCGAGACCGGAAGAGGGAGAAGGAGGAACUGGAGGAGAUUAGGCAGAGGCUUCUGGCUGAAGGCCACCCUGAUCCAGAUGCUGAGCUGCAGAGGAUGGAGGAAGAGGCAGAGCGCAGGCGACAGCCUCCUCUGAAACUUGAACCUGAGGACGAGGUGGUCCAGGAGAAGUCCCACAAGGAUCGUGACCGUGAUCGUCACCGUGACCGUGAUCGUGACCGUGAUCGUGAUCUUGACCGUGACCGUGAUCGAGAUCGUGAGAAGAGAGGGUCAGGAAGGCCCGCAGAGCCGAUGCCCCGACCCCCCCAACAGCAUUCGGACGAUGAUGAUGUGGAAGCAGAGGAGGACGACUACCCCGAUGGUGAGGACUCACAAGAGGCCAAGCCACAACUUAAACCCAUCAUGCGACCAAUCACUACUGCUCCCUCGGUGUCCUCCGCCAGUGGGAACGCGACUCCAAACACACCCGGCAACGAAUCUCCCUGCGGCAUCAUCAUUCCAGGCGAGAACACACCUGAGGUCCAACCUCCAGAGGAACACCGUCCCAAGAUCGGUCUCAGUCUCAAACUAGGUGCCACCAACAGUCCCAGUCAGCUCAACGUUGGGAAGCGAAAGAAGCUGGCGACCGUGGAAAGUGUUUUCAACAAGUUCGAUGAUGAAGAGGCUGAUGAGCAGCCUCGCAAAAGGAAACUGGUUCCACUGGACUACGGUGAUGAUGACAAGAGUCUGGGGCUGGAUGGGGCAGAAAUUUCAGGGGCCAAAGGCAGCAUCAACACAGAGGAGAAACGCAAGCACAUAAAGAGCCUUAUUGAGAAGAUCCCCACAGCGAGGCCGGAGCUUUUCUCCUACCCUCUGGACUGGACUAUGGUCGACUCGACUCUGAUGGAUCGCCGCAUCAGACCAUGGAUCAAUAAGAAGAUUAUUGAAUACAUCGGCGAGGAGGAACCCACACUGGUUGAUUUUGUCUGUUCAAAGGUGAUGGCACACAGCACCCCUCAGGGUAUUCUGGAUGAUGUUGCUAUGGUUCUCGAUGAAGAGGCAGAAGUCUUCAUAGUAAAAAUGUGGAGGCUGUUGAUAUAUGAAACUGAGGCAAAGAAGAUCGGACUGGUGAAAUAAAGCCCACACGCCUCUCUGAGUUUGUUCGCUCGCAGUUCUGCUACCUACCGGUUUCUGGACUGUCAACAUGUGUCUAUAAAACCCCUCCAUUCCAUCAGCAAGGAGCUGCUGCCUUGUGUGUGUGUGUGUGUGUGUUUGGAAGGGGAACUCUGAGCUGUGAACAGAAAGGUUUUGCACAAACAUACUGCAUGAUAAAACUUUGGUUGUAUUUUUCUCCUUUGUUGAUGCCUUUGUUGAUACUGUUGCAGUUGCAUUUCACCCAUCUGUUCUCCAAUAUGUUGGACACAUUCUGCUUUGAUUUACUGUUAUCAUGUCAAGGCGCUGCUCCAUUGUGUGAACUAAUAAAUAUGCUUUUUUUUAAAUAUAAAAUAGUGUUU